CCCACUGGCACAGGCAGCACAACAACAAAUUCCAAUUGGAAAUAGAAACGAAACAAUGCAGAUUGCUGCAUUAUUAUACAAGUGAAGAAGAAGAGAGUGCCAUUUUCGGCUGCUAUUUGUGCACGUCCCUGUGCCUGUGUGUGAGUGUGUGUGCGUCGCGUGUGUGCUCUGCGCUGAGGUGUUUGUUGGCGAACGACAGCGAAAGGCGACAAGCAAACAAACAAACAAGCAACACACAGGACUAUUCUUUGGCUGGAAAUCUGAUAUAGCCGGGCAUCGGAAUCGGGCUUGGAUUCAGAAUCGGAAUCGGAAUUGAAAUCAGAUAUAUUCGAAUCAAAAAUCGCACGCGGCAAGUGACUUGAAACGCAGAAAUCAUUGUUCAAUGACAGCAGCCGCGGCAGGUUUUACCGCUGCUGCUACUGCGUCUGCUGCUGGCCACGCCCCUACCGCAUCCGCCCCCAAAGCCGAGCCCAUUGCAGCGGAUAAAGCCAAAGUGCACAGUUAACAAAGCAACCGAAACUGGAAGAUUUAGUUGUGGUCCUGGUCAAGAACGAGGACCACUUUUAGGACAGACAAUCGCAGGAGAUUUGCAGUCUAUAACGUUCGCAUAUAGAGGCCCAAAGAGACAAAGGAUAUCAUACGUCACGAUGGUGAAGACGUUUCAGGCCUAUCUACCGUCCACGAAUCGGACAUACUCAUGUGUUCACUGCCGCGCCCACCUCGCCUCCCACGACGAGCUGAUAUCGAAGUCGUUUCAGGGUAGCCAGGGACCGGCCUAUCUGUUCAACUCGGUGGUGAACGUGGCCUGUGGCCAGACGGAGGAGCGGGUGCUCCUGACCGGCCUCCAUGCGGUGGCGGACAUCUACUGCGAGUGCUGCAAGACGCCGCUGGGCUGGAAAUAUGAGCACGCCUACGAGUCCAGCCAAAAGUACAAGGAGGGCAAGUUCAUCAUUGAGCUGGCGCACAUGAUCAAGGAGAACGGCUGGGAUUGAAGGGCUGUCCGUGUGAUGGGCUGAUUAAUGAGGAGCACAUCCGUAACAGGAUCAGGAAAACAGGAACAGCAGCAACAGCGGCGGCGGCGGCGGCAGCGGCGGGAAAAGCAGCGAGUUCACCACACAAAAAACGAAACACACACGCGGCAAAUUGCAGACAAAGAGUGUUUAAAAAAUGGCUAAAGUCUGGAAAAAUGCGAAGGGAGAACAGACAGAGAAUAAAGUGGAAGACAGCGGAAAAGCGAGAUCGAUUUUUAGGGUACCACACAAUAUAUAUAUGCUAUUAUAUAGUGCAUAACUCGUCGUAUCUAUAUAGAGCAAAACAAGCAAAUCAAUUAAACACACAGAUAUACCGCACAUUCGAUCGAAAUACACUCAUUACAUAAAAAGCUUGAUUUCGGUUUGGGAAGGAUCUCUGCGCUGGCCGCCAUCUAGGAUUUCCGCACUUUCAUUUCGAUUACCAUUGCCCACUAAUACCACUUUGUUUUCCCUUUACCAUUUUGCGUUGCAAGUUUAUUCAAUUGUGUGUACUUUCUGUGCAAAAUUAAUUCGAUGCCUUAAUUCGAUGAUUUCAAAUGUAAAGCUGGCGAAAGCCACACGCAAAACAGAACUUGCACUGCCAAUUAAUAAGAAAAAUGUUAAGCAUCCAAAAA